AUGUCAGCGUUUGUGAACUGGACGAGUCUCACAUCAUGGAUGUACACCGGGGCGGUCGGGCCCCAGCCUGUACCAAUGUUUGAGCCCGUGCCCGUGCCCGAGACUCAGCUUGAUGACACCUACGACGCACCACGCGUUUGGACACAGAAUGCGCUCCUGACCAUCGCUGCACUCGUACUGUCCACGCUCUCAAUCUGGUAUCUUCUGCGGCGGAAGAAAACGAUCCCCGCGACGUCCCGGCUGAAUGAACAGCAUGAGGCCGUGGAGGCGGUGAGAAGGGAAUGCGACCAGCGGAUAGCGAGUGUCGAGGCUCGUCUCGGGGAUGCAUUGCGAGCUCGGACCGCGGCCAGCGAAGAGCAUAUGCGGAAAGCUCUGAGCGAGCAGGUCGCGGCCAUUGAGGACGGUGUCCGCAAGGGUCUCAACAAACGAAUCGAGACCCUAGAAGUCCGCAUGAGGCUAGACCAAGAAGCGCUCGACGAUGUGCACAAGGUCUUGAGCCAGCGGAUGGAGGCUUUUGAGGACUACAUCCGGGCUGUCGACGCCAGGCAACUGGACCAGGAGGCGAGCGAGGUUGCGCAGAGAGGACUCGGCCAGCGGCUUGAGGCGGCAGAGGAGAGUCUGCGUGGGAUGGAGAGCAAGACUAGGGCGUCUUCUCAGAGGAUAGAGGCGCUCGACGACAGCUCGCGCCUCAUCGACAGCAGGACGAAGACGUUGAGCCAGCGGGUCGAGGCGGUCGAAGACAACCUGAGCACGGUUGAUGGCCAGACGACAUUGCUGGCGCACGACAUUGGCCGCGGUGUUACCACAGUCGAGAAGCUACAGCGGCAGGUGAAAUUGUUACCCGAUGCUGAAAAACUCAACGGAUUAUCACGUACCUGCGAAGCAGAGCACAAAAAAUUAGAGACCAAGAUAUCGGACCUCGAGAACACUGCCAAGCCCGCCGAGCCGAGCUGCACUUUGACAUGGUCCAACAUCGAAACACAAGAGAUCGAGCCCUCGGGCCCUGUCUACGCCGAUCCACAGCGGUCCUUCUUCGACCGCAUGACGAGGAUGCCCAUCUCGCCCUCGCCAUCGCCGGGCGAUCGGCCGCAGUACGCACCCAGCGGCCACAGCCGGUCGUACUCGACCGCUAGCUCCUCGCCUCCGAUGUACUCGCCCAUGACGCCCGAGCAGAAGCGCCUGGAGUCGGCUGGGUUCCGGGAGAUGACGUUCUCGUCGAGGCAGAGGCAGCUUCUUUCUAGGAACAGUUGGGCGAAGUGA